CAAGAAAAAGAUCCUCCCCAAGUGUCAUCUCCUGGUGACCACAAGGCCCAUGGGGGGUGGGAGCCCGCUGUUGAAGUGUCUGAGAUCACCACUCCUGGUAGAUGUGUUGGGCUUUGACCCUCUUCAGAGGAAGGAAUAUUUCCGCCACGUCUUUCAAAAUACGGAACAAGCCAACCAGAUCUUUGAACUGGUUCAAAGAAAUGAAACUCUUUUCAGGAUGUGCCUCCUCCCCGCAACCUGUUGGGUCAUUGGUUCCAUUUUCCAACAAAACCCACAGGCAGAACUCCUUCGAGAUAUCCCCGAAACUGCAACACUCACCGAAAUUCACCUGCGUCUCCUCUUGAGUUUUUUGGGUACCAAUUCCAGGCCACGUCACCUGGAAGUCCUGUGCUCUUUAGCAAAAGAUGGAAUACUCCACGGAAGGUUGGUCUUCCAUGAAGAAGAGCUAAAGGAAUGUGGCUUGGAUUAUUACUUGACUUCAGACUCUCCUUCUGCAAAUAGGAAAGUCUUCCACCAAGAUGUUCAGGUGGAAACCUUGUACAGGUUCACCCACCUGAGUUUCCAGGAAUUCUUUGCAGCCUUGUUCUACCUGCUGGACACGGAGGAGACCACUGGGGCACCUGACCGAGACCUGAGUGAGGUAUUUGGAGAUCGGAAGGAGCGCACCAGCAGGUACCUCGUGUUGAUCCGUUUUCUCUACGGCUUGUGCAACAUGGAAAGGAUGAGUGUCCUUCAAGAAUCGUGGUCCCUCAAACUAUCCAGGACGAAAGUUUGGCCAGAAUUGCUAAGGUGGGUGGAUCAGGAAGCCAAAACUCACCCCUUUAAAGGGGAAGAGGUUCUGCUGGAAUUGUGUCAUUGUAUUUAUGACAUGAAGGACUCCGUCUUUGCCCAGAGAGCAAUGAACGACGUCCACGAUCUGGAUCUCAGAACACAACUUUUGACCAGGCUGGACUUUGAAGCUUUCUCGUUUUGCCUGUCAGCUGCUGAAACUUUGAAUUCGGUCCGUCUCUCUGGCUGUGAGUUUGGACCACAAAGAUUCCAACAACUUUUGCCAGGAUUCCUGAAAUCUUCAGAGAUCCAGUAAGUAGAAAGAGGCCCAAGGCAGUUGAGUUGGCCAUGGGUUCAAAAUAUAUAUCAUUUGUUUGUCCUGGAUCGCAAUCAAUACCGAUAGUCUCUGAGCAGGGGUGGCUGUCAGGCUUCCAAA